UCCAGCCAUCCUCUUUCUCUUUCAUUCAUAAACCAAGCCGACACAUUUUAAGCCACCACAUGAAAUCAUCUCAAAUAUUAUUUCUUGCUCUCUAAGCCUGUGCCACCAGAGAAGCUCUCACUCUGUCUCUCUCUCUCUCUCUCUCUCUGAAGACACACAAAGCUCUUCUAUUGCCUUCCAUGGACACUGCUCAAUGGCCACAGGAGAUUGGUCUGGUGAAACCAAUGGAGGAGAUGGUCUCUAAUACAUGCUCAAGGCCUAUGUUAGAGAGGAGGACAAGGCCUCAGAAAGAACAAGCUCUGAAUUGUCCAAGGUGCAAUUCAACCAACACUAAAUUCUGUUACUACAACAAUUAUAGCCUCACUCAGCCAAGAUACUUCUGCAAGACUUGCAGAAGGUACUGGACUGAAGGUGGGUCUCUUAGAAAUGUUCCAGUUGGAGGAGGUUCAAGGAAGAACAAGAGAUCUUCAACAUCUUCUUCUUCAUCUUCAUCAAAAAAAUUACCUGAUCUCACUCCAUCCACUACUUCCUCUUCUCAAAACCCUAAGAUCCAUAAAGGUCAAGACCUGAACUUGGCUUUCCCAUCCACACAUGAAUUCAGUAUUGUUUCUGAAUUUGUUGAGUUACCCAACACUGAAAAUAGUGACAACAGAAACAGUAACAACCCUUGUUCAUCUUCUUCACCUUCUCUUUCAACACUAGGGUUGCUGAGGAGUGGGAUUAAUACAAGGGGAUUGAAUUCCUUCAUGCCGAUGCCGAAUUCAGAUUCAAAUACUGUUUAUCCAUCUGGUUUUGGACAGUUGCAGGAUUUCAAACCAACACUUAAUUUUUCUCUUGAUGGGCUUGGAGUUGGAGGUGGUGGACAUGGGAGUCUACAUGGGGUUCAUCAGGAGAGCAGUGGAAGGCAUUUAUCUCCUUUUGAGGAUUUGAGACAGGUUUCAAACACCAUUGAAUUUGAGCAGAAUAGAGGACAAGGGGAUUCAAAUGGCUAUUGGAAUGGAAUGUUGGGUCCAGGAUCAUGGUAAAGAAGAAGAAGAAGAUCAAGUUAAAGUACAAGAAGAAGAAAAUAUUUAAUGGCCUUCCUUUUUCUUUCUUCUUUUCUAUUUUCUCUUUUUUAUUUGCAUGGUGGGUAACUUGUUUGGAGUUCUAUAGAACUAACUGAUAGGAUAAUUGGGUUCCCCCCUUCCCCCCCCUUUUUUUUUCUCCUUUAUUCCCUUCCCCUCUACCCUUUUUUUCCUUGUUUUCUUCACUCUACUCUUGGUCAUUUGAAGCUUAUUUUAGGUUGGCUUCAAAAGGGUGUCAUGGAAUGAUGUUUAGGAAUAGAAGAAGAGGUCAAGAAAAGCCAUUUUUUUUCUUUCUUUUGCAGGGAAAACAUAUAGAAGAGAAGCAAGGCUACUACUUGGUUUGCAGUAUAUGGCAUUUAUAUACAUCUUCUAUCACAAGAAAAGAGUACUACACAAAAGGGCACCCAAUGUUAUUAUGCUGUUGAUGAGCUUGGUACAAUUAAUUUUCAAGUUGUAGGUAGCAGGAUGAGCUUGUGAAAUGUGGAACUUUGUAAGGAGUCUAAUGGACAGAAGAAUGACUGGUUUAAUUUGUUUAUUUUAAUUUUAACAUAAAAGGUUUUGAGUGUCUUCAUUAGUUAU